AUGGGGGGUGGGAGCAGGCUCUCAGUCCUGCUGGAAUCUAGGCCUGGGGAGGGCAGCUUGCUGGAGGUCAGCUGUGGAAACACAGGAAGCUGGACUCAUGUCCUCAUGUCCCUGCUGCGGUUCCUGGAAUUAGAUAUGCCCACUGCGUCCACCUCACGCUGCCUUGGUCACAAGAACCGGGGCCAGGCUGAGUUGGGUCUCGGGGCCGGGAGACAGCCUGAGUGGGAGGUGGAUGGACGUGGCAACGAGGUCCGGGCAGGGAAGUCACUGCCACCCCCAUGGGACGCCCUCCUUGGGAGCAGGAAGUUCCCGGCCCUCUGGCUCUGGGAGCUGCUGCCCCAGAGACCGGCUGGCCCUGUAGCCGCAGGUGGCACCCUAAUCAGCGCCACUGCCCCCGGGGGGGAUCGGGUGUCGGAGGGAGCCCCCUCUUCCUCUCUGGCUGGGAUGGACGCCAACACACCCACCGCCGUGCUGGCCCUCAGGAUGGGUGCCCAGAGCGGGUGCCGGGCCCUGGCCUGGGCCCUGGUGGUCCUGCCCUUGGUGCAGAAAGCAGACGGGAAAGUCGCACAGGGAGUGGAGGCUGGCAUGGUAGCUGCGGAGCCGAGCCCCAGCGCCACCGGGGACAUGGGGACCCCUGGGGCUGCCCCUCCCACUCCCGAGGAGGCGCCGGCUUCGGCCGAGCAUGGAGACCCCCACAGACAGACCCAGGGCAGCGCGGAGCAGAGCUGGGCGAGUCAGGAGGCUACCAUGAACGUGGUCGCCGCCCAUUGCCCACAGGGGCAGGGGUGUUUGCCAGCCUCAGGGGGUGGUCACAGACCUGGGGAUAAAGCCGGGACAGUGUGGGCAGCCGGGAAGCUGGAGCUUGGCUGGAGCUGGGCCUUGGGCGUGGCUGGGAGCCAUCCCUGUAGAUGGUUCUGCUGGGGGCUGACCCGGGUGCUGGUGUCGGAGGAAUGGGAGAAUCCGGAGCAGAGGGGAGUGAGGAAGGGGGCGGCGGCUCCCCACCCCGAAACCGGGGGCCUGGUCCCAGGGAAGGCUGCCCUCCCCCACCGCGCACUCCCCACAGCCCUGAACACGGCGCAUGGCGGGCGGGUGUGCAGCACGUGGGGCGACUUCCACUACAAGACCUUCGACGGCGACGUCUUCCGCUUCCCCGGGCUGUGCAACUACGUCUUCUCCGCGCACUGCGGUGCCGCCUACGAGGACUUCAACCUCCAGCUCCGCCGCGGCCUGGUGGGCUCCAGGCCCACGGUCACCCACAUCACCCUCAAGACGCAGGGGCUGGUACUGGAGGUCUCCAACGGGUCCAUCCUGGUCAACGGGAGGCGGGAGGAGCUGCCCUACAGCCGCGCCGGCCUCCUGGUGGAGGAGAGCAGUGCCUACGUCAAGGUCAACAUCCGGCUGAUGCUAACCUUCACGUGGAACGGAGAGGACAGCGCCCUGGUGAGGCUGCCCACCCCGACGCCCUCCCCACCCAGGGGCACCCCUGCGGGAGCUGGGUGGAUGGGGGCUGGGGGCCCUGUGGGCCUGCAGAAGCUAGAGCUGCCCCUCCCCCGCCCCCAGCUGGAGCUGGACCCCAGGUAUGCCAACCAGACCUGCGGCCUGUGCGGGGACUUCAAUGGACUCCCGGCCAUCAACGAGUUCUAUGCCCACAAUGCCAGGCUGACCCCUCUACAGUUUGGGAACCUGCAGAAGCUGGAUGGGCCCACGGAGCAGUGCCAGGACCCCCUGCCCUCCCCAGCUGACAACUGCACAGAUGAGGAGGGCAUCUGUCGCCACACCCUGCUGGGCCCAGCCUUUGCUCAGUGCCACAGGCUGGUGGAUGCCGAGGUGUACGUGGCCACCUGCACCCAGGACCUGUGCCGCUGCCCCACCUGCCCAUGUGCCACCUUCGCGGAGUACUCUCGCCAGUGUGCCCACGCCGGGGGACAGCCGCAGAGCUGGAGGGGCCCUGACCUCUGCCCCCAGACGUGCCCCCUGAACAUGCAAUACCAGGAGUGCGGCUCACCCUGCGCGGACACCUGCUCCAACCCUGAGCGCUCCCAGCUCUGCGAGGACCACUGCGUCGACGGCUGCUUCUGCCCCCAAGGCACGGUGAUGGACGACGUCACCCACUCGGGCUGCCUGCCCCUGCGGCAGUGCCCCUGCAUGCACGGCGGCCGCCCCUACGCCCCGGGGGCCUCCUUCGCCACCAGCUGCAGCUCCUGCACCUGCUCCGGGGGACUAUGGCAGUGCCAGGACCUCCUGUGCCCGGGCAUCUGCUCCGUCCUGGGCGGGUCCCACAUCUCCACCUAUGAUGAGAAACUCUACGACGUGCACGGGGACUGCAACUAUGUCCUAACCAAGAUAUGUGCAGGCAACGCCCUCACCGUGCUGGCCGAGCUGCGGAAAUGCGGCCUGACGGACAACGAGAACUGCCUCAGAACGGUGACGCUGUGGUUGAGCGGAGGCGACACGACCAUCCAGGUCCAGGCCAACGGCGGGGUGUUCGUGAACUCCAUCUACACGCAGCUGCCCGCGGCAGUGGCCAACGUCACCGUCUUCAGGCCGUCAUCCUUCUUCAUCCUGGUGCAGACGGGCCUCGGGCUGCAGCUGCAGGUGCAGCUGGUGCCCCUCAUGCAGGUGUUCCUCAGGCUGGACCCCUCCUACCAGGGCCAGAUGUGCGGCCUGUGCGGGAACUUCAACCAGAACCAGGCCGACGACUUCCGGACCAUCAGCGGUGUGGUGGAGGGCACGGCCGCCGCCUUCGCCAACAGCUGGAAGACCCAGGCCGCCUGCCCCAACGUCAAGAACAGCUUUGAGGACCCCUGCUCCCUCAGCGUGGAGAACGAGAACUACGCCCGGCGCUGGUGCUCUGUGCUGACCGACCCUGCUGGGGCCUUCUCGUCCUGCCACUCUGUCAUCAGCCCUGGGCCCUUCCACUCGAACUGCAUGUUUGACACGUGCAACUGUGAGAAGAGUGAGGACUGCAUGUGCGCGGCCCUGUCCUCCUACGUGCGGGCCUGCGCCGCCCGGGGCGUGCUGCUCGUUGGCUGGCGGGACGGCGUGUGCAACAAGUACAUGAGCAGCUGCCCCAAGACCCAGAGCUACGCCUAUGUGGUGGACAGCUGCCAGCCCACCUGCCGCUCCCUAAGCCAGGCCGAUGUCACCUGCAACGUGGCCUUCGUGCCCGUGGACGGCUGCACCUGCCCUUCGGGCAACUUCCUGGACGACACCGGUGGCUGCGUGCCUGCCGAGGCCUGCCCCUGCUACUCGCAUGGCUCUGUGCUGGCUCCAGGGGAGGUCCUGCACGACAACGGCGUGGUGUGUUCAUGUGUGAGCGGGAAGCUGAGCUGCCUGGGAGCCGUGGAGCAGAGCACAGGGUGCGUGGCCCCCAUGCUGUUCCUUGACUGUAGCAACGCCUCCGCGGACACGCCCGGGGCCGAGUGUGUGCGGAGCUGCCAUGCGCUGGAUGUGGACUGUUUCAGCACGCGCUGCGUGUCGGGCUGCGUCUGCCCUGCGGGGCUGUUGGCCGAUGGGAGCGGGGGCUGUGUGGCCGAGGAGGACUGCCCCUGCCUGCACAACGAGGCCGCCUACAAGCCUGGGGAGACCAUCAGGGUCGACUGUAACACCUGCACCUGCAGGGGCCGCAGGUGGGAGUGCAGCCGCCGGCCCUGCCUGGGCACCUGCGUGGCCUACGGGGACGGCCACUUCAUCACCUUUGAUGGCGAGCGCUACAGCUUUGAGGGGAGCUGUGAGUACACGCUGGCCCAGGACUACUGUGCGGGCAACGACGCCAGCAACGGGAGCUUCCGCGUCGUCACCGAGAACGUCCCCUGCGGGACCACAGGCGUCACCUGCUCCAAGGCCAUCAAGAUCUUCCUGGAGAACUAUGAGCUGAUCCUCCACGAGGGUUCCUACAAGGUGGUGCAGAGGGGGCCAGGCGGAGACCUGCCCUACAAGAUCCGUUACAUGGGCAUCUACCUGGCCGUCGAGACCCGCAGUGGCGUGGUCGUGUCCUGGGACCGGAAGACCAGCGUGUUUAUUCGGCUGCACCAGGAGUACAAGGGGAGGGUCUGCGGGCUGUGCGGGAACUUUGACGACAACGCCCUCAACGACUUCACCACGCGGAGCCAGUCCGUGGUGGGCGACGUGCUGGAGUUCGGCAACAGCUGGAAAUUCUCCCCGUCCUGCCCGGACGCCCAGGCCCCCAGGGACCCCUGCACUGCCAACCCGUACCGCAAGUCCUGGGCCCAGAAGCAGUGCAGCAUCAUCAACAGCGCCACCUUCAGCGCCUGCCAUUCUCAGGUCGACUCCACCAGGUACUACGAGGCCUGCGUGAGCGACGCGUGCGCCUGCGACUCGGGGGGCGACUGCGAGUGUUUCUGCACGGCCGUGGCCGCCUACGCCCAGGCCUGCCGCGACGCGGGCGUGUGCGUGUCCUGGCGGACCCCGGACAUCUGCCCCCUGUUCUGCGACUACUACAACCCCCAAGGGGAGUGCGAGUGGCACUACCAGCCCUGCGGGGCCCCCUGCCUGAGGACCUGCCGGAAUCCCCGCGGGCACUGCCUGAUGGACCUGCCAGGCCUGGAAGGUGAGGGCAGGCUGUUCCGGGGAGGCCAUGCCUCGUCACCCCAGCACAGCGUGCAGGCAGCGGGGCAAGGGGGCUCCUGCCUCCCCAUGCCCACCCUCGGGACGGGGGGACAGAGAUGGGUGGCGGCCGGGGCAGCCCCACCGCCUGGCCUGAGAGGGGAGUGUUCUCCCUGCCCUGUGCCCGCCCCAGGUUGCUACCCAAAGUGCCCACCCAGCAAGCCAUUCUUCAAUGAGGACCAGAUGAAGUGCGUGGCCCAGUGUGAGGGCUGCUACGACGAGGAUGGAAACUACUAUGAUGCCGGCACCAGGGUCCCCACGGCGGAGAACUGCCGGAGCUGCGACUGCACCUCCAGAGGCCUCCAGUGCACGUACAGCCCUGCGGCCUGUACGUGCACCUACGAGGGCAGAACCUAUGCCUAUGGAGACGUCAUCUACAACACGACCGAUGGGCUGGGCGCCUGCCUGAUUGCCAUCUGCAGAGACAAUGGAACCAUCGUCCGAAAGGCCGAGGAGUGUCCCGGAACCACGCCCACAACGCCCUUCACCUUCACCAGCACUGCGGCUCCGCCGUCCACCACGGGCUCGGUCCCCACACCCUCCACCGUGUGCGUGCGGGAGCAUUGCCGCUGGUCCGACUGGUACGACAGUGGACGUCCAGAGCCGGGCAUGGAAGGGGGCGACUUCGAGACAUUCGAGAACCUGAGGCAGAGGGGCUACCAGUUCUGCCCGGCCCCAGCGCAUGUCGAGUGCCGGGCCCAGCAGUUCCCAGAUAUGCCUUUGGAGAAGCUGGGUCAGAGGGUGGAGUGUGGCCAGGCCCGGGGGCUGACCUGCCUCAACAGUGACCAGAACCCCCCGCUCUGCCACAACUACGAGCUGAGGGUCCUCUGCUGCGACUACGUGCCCUGCAGCACCAGCCUGGCCCCGGGCACCAGCCAGCGGCCAUCCUCCCAGCCCCUGCCCACCUCCACCCAGACCACACCCACCAGAGGAACCUCCCUCCUGUCCACGGUGGCCUCCACCUCACAGACCCCAACCACCAAGUCCGCCUCAACCGUGACCCAAGUGGGCAGCAACUCUGUGGUCCUGGCCACCACCACCUGUGAGCCCCGCUGCCAGUGGACAGAGUGGUUCGACGAGGACUACCCCAAGUCCGAAGAGGCCGGAGGGGACGUCGAGUCCUACGACAAGAUCAGGCGUGCGGGAGGGACCGUGUGCGAGCAGCCCCAGGGCAUAGAGUGCCAGGCCGAAAACUUCCCCAACGUGAGGCUGGAGGAGCUGAAUCAGCGUGUGCACUGUGACGUCAGCUUCGGCCUGGUCUGCAGGAACGACGAGCAGGUGGGCCUGUUCAAGAUGUGCUACAACUACAAAAUCCGCGUGCUGUGCUGUGGGUACAGCCACUGCGGGGAGCCCACGUCCCCCACCACCACUGCCACCGCAUCCACUGCCACAGCCGCCACGGCCACCACCUCCACUGCCACAGCCCCCACUGCCGCCACCUCUACAGCCCCCACUGCUACCACCUCCACUGCCACAAUCUCCACUGCCACAGCCCCCACGACCACCACCUCCGCGGGCCCGCUGUCCACCUCACACCCUGAGACCAGCACGUCGGGAAUCCCGGUGCCGACAGCCACCACCACCUGUGAGCCCCGCUGCCAGUGGACAGAGUGGUUUGACGAGGACUACCCCAAGUCCGAAGAGGCCGGAGGGGACGUCGAGUCCUACGACAAGAUCAGGCGUGCAGGAGGGGCCGUGUGCGAGCAGCCCCAGGGCAUAGAGUGCCAGGCCGAAAACUUCCCCAACGUGAGGCUGGAGGAGCUGAAUCAGCGCGUGCACUGUGACGUCAGCUUCGGCCUGGUCUGCAGGAACGACGAGCAGGUGGGCCUGUUCAAGAUGUGCUACAACUACAAAAUCCGCGUGCUGUGCUGUGGGUACAGCCACUGCCCCACUGCCAUCACAUCCACUGCCACUGCCCCCACGACCACCUCUACAGCUCCCACUGCCACAGCCCCCACUGCCACUGCAUCCACUGCUACAGUCACCACUGUGGCCACCUCUACAGCUCCCACUGCCACCACAUCCACUGCCACAGCCCCCAUUGGCACCACCUCGACUGCCACAGCCCCCACUGUGGCCACCUCUACAGCCCCCACUGCCACCACCUCCACUGCCACAGGCCCCACGACCACCACAUCCACUACCACAGCCCCCAUUGGCACCACCUCCACUGCCACAGCCCCCACUGCCACCUCUACAGCUCCCACUGCCACAGCCCCUACGGCCAUCACCUCCACUGCCACAGCCACCACUGUGGCCACCUCUACAGCUCUCACUGCCACCACCUCCACUGCCACAGGCCCUACUGCCACCACAUCCACUGCCACAGCCCCCACUAUCACCACAUCCACUGCCACAGCCCCCAGUGCCACCACAUCCACUACCACAGCCACCACUGUGACCACCUCUACAGCUCCCACUGCCACCACCUCCACUACCAGCACGUCGGGAAUCCCGGUGCCGACAGCCACCACCACCUGUGAGCCCCACUGCCAGUGGACAGAGUGGUUUGACGAGGACUACCCCAAGUCCGAAGAGGCCGGAGGGGACGUCGAGUCCUACGACAAGAUCAGGCGUGCGGGAGGGGCCGUGUGCGAGCAGCCCCAGGGCAUAGAGUGCCAGGCCGAAAACUUCCCCAACGUGAGGCUGGAGGAGCUGAAUCAGCGCGUGCACUGUGACGUCAGCUUCGGCCUGGUCUGCAGGAACGACGAGCAGGUGGGCCUGUUCAAGAUGUGCUACAACUACAAAAUCCGCGUGCUGUGCUGUGGGUACAGCCACUGCGGGGAGCCCACGUCCCCCACCACCACUGCCACCGCAUCCACUGCCACAGCCCCCACGGCCACCACCUCCACUGCCACAGCCACCACUGCGGCCACCUCUACAGCCACCACUGCCACAGCCCCCACGGCCACAGCCCCCACGGCCACCACCUCCACGGCCACAGCCCCCACGGCCACCACCUCCACUGCCACAGCCACCACUGUGGCCACCUCUACAGCCCCCACGGCCACAGCCCCCAUGGCCACCACCGCCACUGCCACCACCUCCACUGCCACAGCCUCCACUGCCCCACCACUGUGGCCACCUCUACAGCCCCCACGGCCACCACCUCCACUGCCACCACUCCCCCACUGCCACCACAUCCACUGCUACAGCCCCCACUGCCACCACAUUCACUGCUACAACACCACUCCCACCUCUACAGCUCCCACUGCCACCAUAUCCACUGCCACAGCCACCACUUCCACCGCAUCCACUGACAUAGCCCCCAGUGCCACCUCUACACCUCCCACUGCCACCACCUCCACUGCCACAGCCCCCAGUGCCACCACCUCCACUGCCACAGCCCCCAUUGGCACCACCUCCACUGCCACAGCCCCCACUGCCACAGCCACCACUGUGGCCACCUCUACAGCUCCCACUGCCACCGCAACCACUGCCACAGCCCCCACUGCCACAGCCACCACUGUGGCCACCUCUACAGCCCCCACUGCCGCCACCUCCACUGCCACAGCCUCCACUGCCACCGCAUCCACUGCUACAGCCACCACUGUGCCCCCACGUGCCACCACAUCCACAGCUACCACUGUGGCCACCUCUACAGCUCCCACUGCCACCGCAACCACUGCCACAGCCCCCACUGCCACCACAUCCACUACCACCACAUCCACUGCCACAGCCCCCACGACCACCACCUCCACUGCCACAGCUCCCACUGCCACCACCUCCACUGCCACAGGCCCCACUGCCAUCACAUCCACUGCCACAGCCCCCACUCCCACCUCUACAGCUCCCACUGCCACAGCCCCCACAGCCACCAUCUCCACUGCCACAGCCCCCACUGCCACCGCAUCCACUGCUACAGUCACCACUGUGGCCACCUCUACAGCUCCCACUGCCACCGCAACCACUGCCACAGCCCCCACUGCCACCACAUCCACUGCCACCAUCUCCACUGCCACAGCCCCCACGACCACCACCUCCGCGGGCCCGCUGUCCAUCUCACACCCUGAGACCAGCACGUCGGGAAUCCCGGUGCCGACAGCCACCACCACCUGUGAGCCCCGCUGCCAGUGGACAGAGUGGUUUGAUGAGGACUACCCCAAGUCCGAAGAGGCCGGAGGGGACGUCGAGUCCUACGACAAGAUCAGGCGUGCGGGAGGGGCCGUGUGCGAGCAGCCCCAGGGCAUAGAGUGCCAGGCCGAAAACUUCCCCAACAUGAGGCUGGAGGAGCUGAAUCAGCGCGUGCACUGUGACGUCAGCUUCGGCCUGGUCUGCAGGAACGACGAGCAGGUGGGCCUGUUCAAGAUGUGCUACAACUACAAAAUCCGCGUGCUGUGCUGUGGGUACAGCCACUGUGGGGAGCCCACGUCCCCCACCACCACUGCCACCACAUCCACUGCCACAGCCACCACUGCCACCACAUCCACUGCUACAGCCCCCACUGCCACCACAUUCACUGCUACAGUCACCACUGCCACCUCUACAGCUCCCACUGCCACAGCCCCCACGGUCACCACCCCCACUGCCACAGCCACCACUCCCACCUCUACAGCUCCCACUGCCACCAUUUCCACUGCCACAGCCACCACUGCCACCGCAUCCACUGCCAUAGCCCCCAGUGCCACCUCUACAGCUCCCACUGCCACCAUAUCCACUGCCACAGCCACCACUGCCACCGCAUCCACUGCCACAGCCCCCAUUGGCACCACCUCCACUGCCACAGCCCCCACUGCCACAGCCACCACUGUGGCCACCUCUACAGCUCCCACUGCCACCGCAACCACUGCCACAGCCCCAACUGCCACAGCCACCACUGUGGCCACCUCUACAGCCCCCACUGCUGCCACCUCCACUGCCACAGCCCCCACUGCCACCACAUCCACUGCUACAGCCCCCACUGCCACCACAUUCACUGCUACAGUCACCACUGCCACCUCUACAGCUCCCACUGCCACAGCCCCCACGGUCACCACCCCCACUGCCACAGACACCACUCCCACCUCUACAGCUCCCACUGCCACCAUAUCCACUGCCACAGCCACCACUGCCACCGCAUCCACUGCCAUAGCCCCCACUCCCACUGCCACCGCAACCACUGCCACAGCCCCCACUGCCACCACAUCCACUGGUACGGUCACCACUGUGGCCACCUCUACAGCUCCCACUGCCACAGCCCCCACGGCCACCACCGCCACAGCCACCACUGUGGCCACCUCUACAGCCCCCACUGCCACCGCAUCCACUGCCACAGCCCCCACGGCCACCACCUCCACUGCCACAGCCACCACUGUGGCCACCUCUACAGCCACCACUGCCACUGCAUCCACUGCCACAGCCCCCACUGCCACCACCUCCACUGUCAGCACCUCCACAGCCCCCACGACCACCACCUCCACUGCCACAGCCACCACUGUGGCCACCUCUAUAGCUCUCACUGUCACCGCAUCCACUGCCACAGCCCCCACUGCCACUGCAUCCACUGCUACAGUCACCACUGCCACCUCUACAGCUCCCACUGCCACAGCCCCCACGGCCACCACCACCACUGCCACAGCCACCACUGUGGCCACCUCUACAGCCACCACUGCCGCCACCUCCACUGCCACAGCCCCCACGGCCAGCACCUCCACUGCCACAGCCCCCACUGUGGCCACCGCUACAGUCACCACUGCAGCCACCUCCACUGCUGCCACUGCCACAGUGGCCACCUCUGCUGCCACAGCCACCACGGCCCCCACGGCCUCCAGCACCACCACCGCUGUGACACCAGCCACGCCGCACACAACAUGGCUGGGGAGCACAGGGGUGACCACGUCCCCCGCCAGCAGUGCCACACCAGCACCUUCCCUUUCCACGGGGCUGACAGUCCGAGUGACAUCCUUGAGGCCCAGCCACACAGGCACGCUCCCAACAUCUGCCACGGGGCUCCUCACAUCUCCCCCAGCGUCAGAGCCCACCAUCCCAGGGAGGGCCACGUCGGUCCUCCCGACUCACACAGCCUCAAGGGGGCCCACCCUGAUGUCGGUGACGACACAGACCUCCACGUCUCAGCUGCCGACGGGAACAGCAACGGGCACAAUGGGCACCACCUCCACGGGCCCGCUGUCCACCUCACACCCUGAGACCAGCAUGCUGAAAACCCUGGUGUCGACGGGCACCACUGGGGCCACCACCAGCACAACCAGUUGUCAACCCAAGUGCCAAUGGACAGAGUGGUUUGAUGGGGACUCCCCCACCUCGGGGGUCAGGGGUGGAGACAUGGAGACCUAUGACAACAUCCGGGCUGCGGGCGGCAAGGUGUGCCAGCAGCCGCAGAAGAUCGAGUGCCGGGCAGAGAGCUACCCCGAGGUGAGCAUUGAGCAGAUUGGGCAGGAGCUCAGCUGCAGCCUGGAGGUCGGGCUGGUCUGCAGGAACGACGACCAGAGGGGGAAGUUCACCAUGUGCUUCAACUACAACAUCCGUGUGUACUGCUGCGAUGACGUCCGGCACUGCCCCACCACGGCUACCCCCCACCUCACCUCCACCACACUGCCCGCCACCAGCAGCUCCACAGCCACGGUGCCAUGGCCCUCGACCUCUGCCGUGACCCAGACGGGAGCCCCCACCACGGCCCCUCCAGCUACACACGUGCACAAGACCACCUUCGGGACUGCCUUGCUGCCCGCCCCCGUGACGCCCAACACUAGGGCUACCACCUACACCCGCUCCCUGCACCCCACGGCCUCCCCUCAGGUCACAGAGCUCCCCACCAGGCCCUCCGAGACCACACCCGGACCCCCCAUCACCACACCCAGCACAGGCCAGGCCACCUCCACCAGUGUGACAGGUCCCUCCUCCACGGGGACCACGCAGAGUGUCUCCACCCCCACCCGUGUGACAGGUCCCUCCUCCAUGGGGACCACCGAGGGGGUGUCCACCCCAACCCAUGUGACAGGUCCCUCCUCCACGGGGACCACCGAGGGGGUCUCCACCCCCACUACUCUGACAGGUCCCUCCUCCACGGGGACCACCCAGGGGGUCUCCACCCCCACCCGUGUGACAGGUCCCUCCUCCAUGGGGACCACAGAGGGGGUCUCCACCCCCACCACUCUGACAGGUCCCUCCUCCACGGGGACCACCCAGGGGGUCUCCACCCCCACCACUCUGACGGGUCCCUCCUCCACGGGGACCACCCAGGGGGUCUCCACCCCCACCCGUGUGACAGGUCCCUUCUCCCCUGGGACCACCGAGAGCGUCUCCACCCCUAGUCCCUCUGCCUUCCCGGGGUCCCCUUUUGACUUCGCCCAUAUCGACCGCCCCCGGGUCCCCACCCACCACCCCUUCCUGGUCUGGGGUGACCUCUGGCAGCCCGGGGACCUUCCUCAUCUCCACUGCCUCUCCCAACCCCACCACAGCCUGCCUUUGCCACGCCUUCGGAAAGCUCUUCCUACCAGUGUCUCUGUGUUCGUAGGGGACGUCAUCUACAACAAGACCGACGGAGCAGGCUGCCUCUUCUUAGCCAUCUGCAACCAGCGCUGCGACAUCGACCGCUUCCAGGGCCCCUGCUCCACCUUCUCACCCUCAGGGACCUCGGCCUCUGUUCCCCCAACCACCCCAGUUCCCGGCUGCAAUCACACCAUCCCUCCCCGACAGGUGAAUGAGUCCUGGACCCUGGAGGACUGCACGGUGGCUCGCUGUGAGGGCGACAACCGUAUCGUCCUGCUGGGGCCAAAGCCGAUGGGCAACGUCGUCUGCGUGAACGGGCACCUGCCCGUGCGAGUGCAGAGCGGGGAUGGGCCCUGUGACUACAGCUACGAGUGCGAGUGCUCCUGCAGCGGCUGGGGGGACACCCACUACGAGACCUUCGACGGCACCUCCUACUCCUUCCUGGACGAUUGCACCCACGUCCUCAUGCGGGAGAUCCAGCCGCGCCACGGGAACCUCAGCAUCCUCCUACACAACCACUACUGUGAGGCCGCCGCCAGCUGCCCCCGCGCCCUCAGCGUCCACUAUGAGUCCAUGGACAUCGUCCUCACCACCACCCCUGGCGCCGACGGGCAGGAGGAAAGCCUGAUCCUGUUUGGCCAAAUGCCGGUAAGGCCGAGCUUCAGCAAGAACGGCCUGACCGUGACGGCGACGGGGGCCACCGAGAUGAGCAUCGAGAUUCCCGCCGUCGGCGUGAGCGUCAUCUUCAACGGGCGGGUCUUCCAGGCCCGGCUGUCCUACAGCCGCUUCAGCUACAACACCGAGGGCCAGUGUGGCACCUGCACCAACAGCCGCAGGGAUGACUGUCGCCGGCCCGAUGGCACCAUGGCCCCCACCUGCCAGGACAUGGCCUGGUCCUGGCUAGUCGCCAACAGCAGCGGGGAGGGCUGCUGGGCACCGACCGGGCUGCCCCCGACCACCAGCCCCCCCUUGCCAGCACCCAGCACACCCACCUCCACUCCGUGUCCCCCGGAACCCCUCUGCGAGCUGAUGCUGAGCCCGGUGUUCGCCGGGUGCCACGGCCUCAUCCCGCCCGGCCCGUUCUUCAGCACCUGUGUCAGCGACAGCUGCAGGCCCAGCCGCCCUGACCGCCCUGAAGCGCUCUGCCAGAGCCUGGAGGCCUACUCUGCGCUCUGCCGCACCCGGGGCGUGUGCCCCGACUGGCGCAACGCCACCAGCGGGCUGUGCGACCUCACCUGCCCGCCCACCAAGGUGUAUAAGCCGUGUGGCCCCGUGCAGCCCAAGUCCUGUGACUCCAGGAGCCAGAGCCCGGCGAGCAGGGGGCUGGCGGAGGGUUGCUUCUGUCCCGACGGCCACAUCCUGUUCAACUCCCACACGGACGUCUGCGUGCCCGAGUGCCCCUGCGUGGGACCAGAUGGGUUUCCCAAAUUCCCCGGAGAGCGGUGGGUCAGCAACUGUCAGUCCUGCGUGUGUGAUGAAGACUCCGUGUCGGUGCAGUGCGCCCCCGUGCAGUGCGAGGCCCGGGGCCAGCCACAGGAAUGCGGCCGGGCCGGCUUCGUGGCCCAGACCAGGCCCCUGGCCGACAACCCUUGCUGCAUGGAAACUCUGUGUGUCUGCAACAGAAGCACGUGCCCCCAGAGCCCACCCAAGUGUAGGCCGGGAGAGGAGCUGGCCUGCACCCAGGCGGAGGACAGCUGCUGCCCCACCUUCAGCUGCCGGCCUCAGCUGUGCACCUACAAUGGCACCGUCUACGGGGUCGGUGCAACCUUCCCAGCGGUCAUUCCCUGCCACACAUGCACCUGCCUGUCCGUGGACACCCAUGACCCGACCGUGCUGUGUGAGGAGGAUGCCUGCGACACCACUUGUCCCCAGGGCUUCCAGUACUCGAGGGUGGCCGGGCAGUGCUGCGGGGAGUGCGUGCAGACGGCUUGCCUCACGUCCGACGGCCGGCUGGUCCAGGUAAGGGGGGCUCAGUCUCAAUCCCCGCGCCCCAGAGACCCUCCCCGCCAGCUCUUCUCUGCCCACCAGAUAAUCCUCAACCCGGCCCCCACUCUCCCCCUUUUAUUUCAGCCCAAUGAGACCUGGGUCAACAGCCUCGUGGACAACUGCACGUUGUACCACUGCCAGGCUGAGAACGGGCCCCCUAUGCUGACCCCGACGCCCGUCGCGUGCCCGGACGUGUCCAGCUGCAGGGGCAUCCUCAGGAAAAUCGGCUGCUGCUACUCCUGUGAGGAAGUGGACUCCUGCCAGGUUCGCGCCAGCAUGACGGUCCUGCGACACCAGGGCUGCGCCACCCAGGCCGCCGUCAGCGUCCCCUUCUGCGAGGGCUUCUGCCCAGGAGCGGCCCGGUACUCCAUGGGGGCCCGGGCCACACAGUGCCCGUGCAUCUGCUGCAAGAAGACCAGGGCCCACCAGGAGGUGGUAACCAUGCAGUGUCCCAACGGGACGGCCUUCCAGCACACCUACACCCACGUGGACGAGUGCAGCUGUGGCCCAUCUUGCGUCUCCUCGGCCCAGGCUCCCGAAGACAGCACCCCCAACUUCCCGACCUAUGGGUCCACCACUGUCUGACGCAUUCUGCCCCCCCUCCGCCCGCCCCACCUGCCCCACCUGGAGCCAGAACACGCACCACCCAACCACGGAAACCGCGGGAGCCCACGCACACCUUCCGUGGAUACCACUGCCCCCGCCCACUUUACACCUGCCCCAGGUGAAACCCAGGCCCUGGCGGGUGACAGCGUAGUGAGGGUCGGCUUGAGGAGGACCCCAGGCUGGGGGGACCUGCCCUCAGAGCCCCUCCUGCCUGCUUUGGCCACCUGCCUGGCCUUCGGGCCCUGACCUUCAUCUGAAACACAAGCACCCGCUCCACCCAGGCUCACCCCCGUCCUGGUGUCAGAGGGAUGCCCCGGAGAAAACUGCACACCCACUGCCGUGCUGCUCCCACGGCGGGCCUGUGUGCCCCCCACUGCCCCUCGAAGCCCCGCGGUGCACAGGUGCCCGCUGGCUACACCUCUUGCAGCUGAGCGCAGACUGAGGCCUGUCCGGGCAAGGCUGGCUACCCGCCCACGUCUGGACCCCGGCCUGAGGCUCCGGGGGCCAAGGGACGGGCCCCGGCGGGGUCGGCACCCCACAGCUCCCGCUCUGCUCACCCAGCCCCCGUCUCUGAAAAUAAACACCGAGCAUCA